GAGUGCUGCUGCCGCUGCCUGCUCGGCGCUGCGGUGCGACGGUACAGGGCCCAGGCUGGCCCCUCCACUAAAUCGUUCGCUCCGAGCCGCCGCGCGGACCCGACCCGCCUCCCGCUCGCCCGCGCGCGCACGGCCCGCACCGCGGCCCACACCGGCACACCGCAUCACGCCCGUGCCGCGCCCCGAGCCCGCCUCCGCCUCUCUCGCCCGGUGGCCGACCUGACGCACGGUCCGCGACAUGUCCGCCGAGUCCCGGUCGCACCGUGCCGCCGUCGCCGCGCUUAGCCACCCGCAGUGACCCGCGGCCCGGACACACUGGAUGGCUGCAGACCCGCCUGUGAAGUGAGUCCAUCAAGGAAGAGGAGUGUUUGUGUUUCCAUUCCAAAACAAGAUUCAAUGGAUGGAACAUGCUGUUCCCAGACAAAGGCCCUGUUGGUCAGGAAUUUCCUGAUCAAAAUCAGGGCCAGAAGAACAUUUCUCAUAGAACUAUUCACUCCACUCAUAUACCUUGUGGUUCCUGUAAUCAUCUUUGUGUAUAUCAACAUGUACGAGCUACCCCCAAUACUUCCACACCCUGGUAUAUUAGAGAGUUUUCGAAUCUUUGAUAGAUUCUUGUUAAUACGUAAUCACACAAUAGCUGUUGCUCCUAACACCUCUGAGACGCAAGAAUUCCUGAAGGCUGUGAAUAAUAUGUACAUGAAAGUACAGACUGAGCAAGAUGGUGCUGAAGGCAAGCCUCAAACUCCUAUCAAUUUUUUGAUGUUCAACAACAAUGAAGAACUCUCAGACUCCUAUUGGAAAGAACCUCAGUCUUUUCAGUUAGGAUUGGUGUUUGAGGAUGAUCAACCAAUAAGUAGCAAUCUUAAGUAUGAAAUACGAGGUAACCCACAAUUCUCAGUGACUCCACCCACAACUGACAUGUUUUCGGAUUCAGACUCAUGUCUUGGUCAAGGGCCUAUAAAACGUCAAUGGAGUGGAAUAUUUCCAGACCCAGGAGAAACAUGUCCAGCGCAGCAAUACUAUCUGUCAGGAUUUCUACCACUUCAAACUCUGGUUGAUUUUACCAAAAUAACGCUGGAUUCUGGGGUUAGUGACUUAUCAAUUCCUGGAAUUAUGCUCGAACUGUUACCUAGAAGUGUAAGAGAAACAAAAUUAACACCGUUGGAAGAGGCUGCAACUUUAAAGGAUUUAAUUCUUUUGAUCCUUGUCCCUGUAUUAAUGGUGAUGGCGAUGUCACAGUACACCACCUAUCUCAUAGUCCUCAUAGUUAAUGAAAAAGAAAACCACUCGUUAGCAGCUAUGAAAACUAUGGGAGUGAAAGAUUCUGCCUACUGGUUUGCAUGGUUUGUCAUAUACACUGUGCUGGUAGCAGCUCUGGCACUGGUUGUUGUACUUCUACUGUAUCUUUCUGAUAUCCUCCCACGAUCCAGUUACACCCUUCUUUUUCUGAAUGUAACUGCCUAUGGUUGCAGCUCCAUAAUGAUAACCUUUGUGUUAAGCACAUUUUUCAACAAUGCGAGGACUGCUGGGUUGUUGGCAUCAUUUGUAACAACACUGUUAAGUCUUGUGUUCUUAUUGGAAACUGGACUGGAUGUACACUCCACUGCUGGCAAAUGUAUUUUAGGACUUCUGAGUCCUUUAGCCUUUGCUAAGGUGCUGUAUUUGGCAAUAGCUAUGGAGAUGAAUGGUGUUGGCCUAACAUGGGUAACUAUGUGGGAAGGUCCACAGCCAACACCUGGAGUUUACUUUCUUCUGCAGUUUGUAGAUAUUCUACUGUAUGGACUACUCGCCUAUUACUUGGACAAUGUUCUUCCAAAUGAACAUUCUAUAAGGAGGUCUCCUCUGUUCUUCCUGAAUCCCAUGUUUUGGUGUAAUAAGAAAUCUGUUCGGGCUACUGCAACAGCAAAUGGUGAACCUUUCACAUAUCUCACCACUGAAGAAACGGAAAGUGGGGAUAUUGAACCUGUUCCACCUGAACUUAAAGGUCGCGAAGCUAUCAGAAUAGAAGAUCUCCACAAGACCUUUAAUACAUGCUUUAAACCUGGAGUAAAAGCUGUCAAUGGUAUAAAUUUGACUAUUUAUGAGGGUCAAAUCACAGCAAUUUUAGGUCACAAUGGAGCAGGAAAAACUACACUAUUUAACAUUCUUCUUGGAUGCACUGCACCUACAUCUGGUACAGCAUACAUUUAUGGAUACGAUAUUAGGAAUGCCAAUGAUAUGCAAGUAGUCCGUCGUAUGACUGGUGUCUGUCCUCAGUUUGAUAUUCUUUUUAAAACACUAACAGCCAGAGAGCAUUUGCACUUUUACGGCACUGUUCGGGGCAUACCAGCAUCAAAGUUGGAUUACGAAAUUGAGCACACACUUGCAGAUUUAGAUCUGCUGGAGAAGGCUGACUUUGUUUCUGCUAACUUGAGUGGUGGCCAAAAACGAAAGUUAUGCAUUGGAAUUGCCAUCAUUGGAGACCCGAAGAUCAUUGUACUCGAUGAACCUUCAGCCGGUGUGGAUCCCAUCUCCAGGAGACAUAUAUGGUCUGUGCUUCAAAGCAGAAAAGCUGGAAAGGUCAUACUGCUUACAACUCACUUCAUGGAUGAAGCUGACAUUCUUGCUGAAAGAAAGGCUGUCAUAUCAAAGGGACGCAUAAGAUGUUGUGGUUCAUCUCUUUUUCUAAAAAAUAAAUUUGGGAUUGGUUACCAUCUUACGUUAGUUCUCCAAUCUGAUGCUCAUGAAGUUGCAAUAGCGCAGCUUGUUCAGAGAUAUGUGCACAGGGCAGAGCGAGCUAGACGUCAUGGUAGAGAGCUAUCUUUUAUUUUACCUCACAAUGCAGUCAACAGUUUCCCAGAUUUGUUUGCGGCCAUAGAGCGUGAAGUCAACACAAAACGUGGCCUUGGGGUUACAAGUUAUGGGGUAGCUAUGACUACACUGGAAGAGGUUUUUUUGCAUCUUGAGAGAGAUGAAGAUGAAGCAGAGACCAACACUGUCAUGGAGAAUCUAUCUAGAAGUAUGUUGAGAAAUAGAGCCAUGAGUCGGUCCCUUUCUAUACCAUCAAAAAGUACCUCAUAUCAUAGUCUCCAAAAUGAAGCUGCUGCUAGUACAGUUACCACAGAUUCUGAAAUAAACACAGCUGCAUUUGAUGCUUCAAAGCCUAAUGGUGAGGUCACAAACUUAUCUCAAGCAUCUGCCUAUCUCCCUCUCAGCAGCUGUGAAGGCCCACCACCUGUGAAAUCAAAAAAAUCUUUAGAAAAGACUUCCAGCGAACCUGCUCCUACAACUCCUGACAAUCGUAAACAUGCAGGAUUUUUUGUUGAAGAUGGAACUCUAUCCCCAACUGAACAUCCCCUUCGUCUGCCUAUUGAAGUGUGUCCAAACAAUACUCAAAAGCUGUUUGCCAUGGUCAAACUACGGUUUUGGUGUUUAAUUCGAGACACAUACAAACUUGUUAACCUUGUAGCAGUACCUGUUCUCUUAUCUAUGCUGCUGCUCUAUCGUUCUGCUGGACACAAUCGUCCUCCAGAAAUGCCUUCCCUUCGUUUGGACGGAGGCACUUACACUAGCAUGAAAGUAGCACUAAUUGCCUCAGAUUUUGCCGGGAGAGAAUCUCCUCAAACAGAUCUGUUGCUAGGUGGACUUAAUGAGGCACAAGCUACUGGUGUAGAUGUAUACACAGGGAAUGCAUCUCAGGUUAACCUUACUUCCCCACACCUUUUGAGGCUCAAAAUGGCGUUGGGUGAUGAACAAGAAAAUCCUGGGGCAAUACAAGUCUCUGCUGCAUAUAAUGAUACUGCUCAACAUUCCUUACCCAUUGUCAUGAACCUCAUCACCAAUUCUAUUUAUCGUAUGGUAAUGGCAAACAAAAGGGGAAGAGAUAUUGCAAGGAAUACCCAACCAAUCAUAACAAAGUCCCAUCCUUUUGAUCGUCAAAAUACAAGCAGCACUGUGCUUUCUUAUGCCCUGACGGCCUUUAGUGUUGGCUUUACGUUCAUCAUGGUGGCUGCAACAGCUGGUGUCGACAUGGUGUAUGAUAGAGAGAUCCGAGCCAAAACUCAGAUGCGAGUGAAUGGACUGUCAUUUCCAAUUUACUUCAUCUCAUUUUUUAUUGUCAUGUUCGUUGUGCUACUUAUUGUUUUCAUUUUAUUGGUUUUGGUGGCAUACCUGUGUGGAGUAGCCUGGCUUGAUACUCUUCCUGCUGUUACCAUAUUUGGUAUUCUUAUGUCCCUCUUCUGUCCCUGUGCUAUUAUUCUUGCAACAACACUCUCCUACUGUUUCCAUAAGACUGAGUCAGCUGCUUCUAUUUUACCCGGAGUCAUGCUGUUCCCAGGAAUCAUUCCGUACUUUACAAUUGUUUUUGUCAAAUCUCAUAAAGUGAAGGAGGUCCUCCACAUUAUUAACUCACUGCUUAAUCCCUUUUACUUGCCAUUUGGAGCAGUUUGGCAAAUGAUUGACCGUUACCUCAUUUGUAUGGAAAGUACUCGAUGCCGUAGGGAGGGCAAUCCAUUCAGUAAUUACAACACUAAAGAUAUUGGAGUAAUUAUUGCUGGCAGCAUUAUUACUUUAGUUGUAUGGUCAUUCAUUCUUUUUGUUGUGGAUCUUAAAAGCACUGGAGCAUCUCUCAGAGAUAGAUUUAGGGGUGUGCGAGGAUCUGUGGGGGCAUGUGACGGUGGUGAAAGCCUUGACUGUGGUGAACUCUGUGGUGAUGAUGAUGUGAGAGCAGAGAGAUCAAAAGUUUCUCGAUUGAUGGUUGACCCUCCUGAUCAACCACCAGUUGUGAUAGUUCAGAAUCUUCGAAAAGAAUAUGACAAAGAUCGUGUGCAAAGCAAAUGCUGUGAUUGCUGUGUAGUGAAAGGAAAGACGCACAAAUUGGCCUUAAAAGAACUAUCCCUUGCCAUUGACACUGGAGAAGUUUUUGGUCUUCUUGGCCACAAUGGUGCUGGUAAAACAACAACAAUGAAAAUAAUCAUUGCUGAGGAAGCAGCUUCGAGAGGAAGGGUCCAAAUUGCUGGCUAUGACAUUGCAACAAACAUGAAUGAAGCAUUUCAAAAAUUAGGUUACUGCCCUCAGCAUGAUGCUCAAUGGAAAAAGAUUAGCUGCAGGGAACACUUGGAGCUGUAUGCUGCUAUAAGAGGUGUUCCAUCAAAAGACAUUCCUAGAUUGAGUGAUGCCUUUUUAGCUGGUCUUCAAAUGAAAGAACAUGCGAACAAACCAGCUGCUGCCUGUUCUGGUGGAACUCGAAGAAAAUUGAGCUUUGCCAUGUCCAUGGUCGGUAAUCCUGCUGUGGUAUUAAUGGACGAGCCAUCUACAGGCAUGGACCCACGUUCCAAGCGAUUCCUCUGGGAUACAAUUUUGGCCAGUUUUCAGGGCACUCGAGGAGCAAUUCUUACAACUCAUGCCAUGGAAGAGGCAGAUGCCCUGUGCUCCCGAGUUGGUAUCAUGGUUAAAGGAGAAUUGAAAUGUAUUGGACCAACACAACAUUUAAAAAAUUUGUAUGGAGCAGGGUACACACUAGAGAUGAAAUUAAAAGAUUUGUCUUCAAUUAAAACUGUCUCUGAGAGACAUGAGGGCGUUCUUGCAUACGUUACAAAUUUGUUUAAGGAUUCAAAAAUUGUGGAAUCAUUUUCUGAUAGACUUGUGUUUGAAAUUCCUCAGAAAGAUGUUUCAUCUGUUGCACAGUGUUUUAGGAAUCUUGAAAAAGCCAAGCGUGACUUGAAUAUUAUAGAAUAUAGCUUCAGUCAAACUACUCUGGAGCAAGUCUUCCUAAAAUUUUCCCAUGAUGAUGGAGAUGAAGAUGACUGAUAAGAUAAGAACUGUUUUGGGCCAUAACAAAACUCUCUUAUACUUAUUUUUGUGGUGCAGUUGACAUAGGGAACAGGCAUACUAUUCACGAUUAGUUAGGUCAAUUUUGAUACAAGAUAUCAUGUAAAUUGAUUUUGCAUUUCAAUAUUUCCUCUCUCUCUCUCUCUCUUGGUAACCAGAUCCAUCAUUUUAACAUUGGUGUUCAAGAAUGCAGUCUCUUUUACAAGUGAACAGACAAUAGUGUCAUACUUGCUUAUCAGGACAUUAGAAGUUUCUAAUAUCAUUAAUGUAGCUGGAAAAUAGGGAGUUGUGGUGAAAAAUAACUGUCAUAGAGUAAGUGUUAUGAAGACAUUCUUACCAUACCAUGUGGGAGAGCAAUUGGAACCUCAGUUGUGUCUGUCAUUUGACAUGUUGAUAUCUUUUCUUCCUCUUAGAGUUAUUAUUGCUAUAGAAAUGCUCAUAUAUUUUAAGUACUCAUUAACUGGAUUAAUAUUGAGAUUUUUCUUACUUCAACAUUUUUUACAACUACUAUUCUGUGUAGUUUUGUAUCUGUGCUGUGUUACUCAACUACGUUGGGCAAUGUGAGCUAACUUCCGGGCUUUUCUGCAGUUUAUUGUUGAUUAAUUAAUGUGAUGCUGGGAGUGGCUCUGUAACAUUCUAAUAUUUUGACUCUCAGGUUUCAUAUAAAUAAAAUUGUUUAUAUUAGUGGUCAUUUUUUAUUCGUCUGUAGCAAUAUUGUAAUUUAGGAAAUAGAAGUAGGUUGAUGUGAUUUGAAUGAAUUUUCUGAGAUGUGGUGGUUCUUCUUAAGAAAUUGCUGGAAAUUUGAUGCUCCACUCAUGUUUUGUUAUUUAAAUGUACUUGGAAUGUGCAAGUAAGUAAAUUAAUAACUUUCCUUAGACAGGAAUACUGAAAUGUAUAAAUGACGGCUAUGCUGUAAGUUUAAGUGAACUGUUUAAUUUCCUUAAUAGUAGCUGUUUUCAAAACAGAAACAGAGAAAAAAAAAAACACUUUUCGCACUGUGGAGGGUUUUUUCUUCUUUUAUUUUUGACAUUGAACAGAAUACUUUUCAAGUGAUACCAGGUGAUACACCUCCUUGUUUCUUUAUUUUGAAAUGUAGCUUAUAAUGAUGGUAAAUGCAGUCAUAAAUGUUUUGCCAACUUUUACUUUUCGGUACAAUCAAGCUACUAGUUUUGUGUCAAAAUAAGUUGCUGUGCUUGCUAUAAUUACAACUUGACUAGACUAGCUCCCUGGUGAGUCCUGUCAACUUUUUGAUUUAACAAUCUAGUCAUGCUGCUUUCCCAAUUACAGUAACAAUUUUGUUUUUCUCAGAUGAGUUGUCAGGUAGCAGAGGUUAGUAAUUCACUAUCAUCUUCAUAAUGAAGAGUAAAUUGAGUAUUGAAUAAGUUUUCUGUACAAAAGAGGAAACAUUGUACAAACUGUCUCUGCUUGUGCAGGGAUAUUUGUACAUUUUUUUGUGAUAUGUGAUUCUCAUAUGUGACAUACCUUUCUAGUCAUUGUAGUCAUUGUCAUCAUUUACCAUUAGUCAUCAUCAUUUUAACUUAGAUUUGUACCAAUGUGUAUUAUGUAAAUUUUGCUGAGUCAAGUGUUUGUGUAUAUGAAUUAUAUCUUGUUAUUUUAA